CCCACAGCGAUCGCACUCCCCCCUCAUUUCCCGAUCUCGACGAGUUUGGGAAGCCCUAGAAAUGGCGUUUGCGGCCCUUCGCCGGAUACCUAUCCACCUCGGCCGAACAAGCCCCUCCCACCUCCGACAACCUCUUUCCCGCACCUCCGCGUCUUCGGCGCUCGUUGACGCCGUCUCGACGCCCUCGGCUACUGGAUCCAAUAAGAUUGCCGACCGGAUCGUGAAGCUUUCCGCCAUCGAUCACCAUGAGAACAAGCACGCGAUCAUCGGACUGGUCGGGCAUACGCUCCUCCGCGCUCUGAUCAAUGGCGGCCUGAUCGACCCGGCGUCCCAUCGGCUUGAGGAAAUCGACGCCUGCUCUGGUGAAUGCGAGGUCCAUAUCGCCCAGGAGUGGCUUGACAAGCUUCCCCCCUUGUCCUACGAUGAGCGUUACAUCCUCACCCAUGAGCAUUUAGUCCGCACCGCGAGACCCCAGAAACGUGUGUUUAACAAGCACGCAAGGCUUGCGUGUCAGAUUAUUCUUCAGCACGAACUGCAAGGUAUGGUCGUCGUUGUCCCUAAACCCAAGCCCUGGGACAUCCCAUAGGUGGGAAAAAAAACUCAUCGUGCUCGUCGUUCUGUUGCUGGAUCAAAGGCAUUUGAUGUUUUUCUGGUUUAUUCGAAUAAUAAUCUUCAAUGAUACUGUUUUGCAUAAUUCAACGCUUAUGUUAUUUGAAGAAUGAUGUAAUCUGCGUGCAGUUGGUUUCCUAUAUUAAUACUAGAGUUCUUGUUUCCUUAUAA